AUGGCCGACGGAGCAAACAACGACAAUGGGGACGACAUUCGCAGCAAAAGCGACAUUUCGUCCCCUCUCCACACCCACAGAGCCCCGCGAAAACUCCAGUCGCUUUCCCGCUUCGCUGACAUGGACACUUUGGCCCGCUACGAAAUCGUGUGCAAAAUCGGCCAGGGAACGUUUGGCGUGGUGCAGAAGGCCCGUGACACGCGCACAGGCCGCACAGUGGCGCUCAAGCAGCUCAUCAACCAUCUGGCCAAGGAGGGCUUUCCGAUCACGGCGCUUCGGGAAAUCACCAUCUUGAAGAAGUUGGCGCACAAAAACGUCUUGCCCAUCGCGGGCAUGGUGUACGAGGCAUCGCGGGACGGCGAGCCCGUCACGCUGAGAGGAUGUUUCUACACCGUGUCGCCGUACAUGGUGCUAGAUUUGGUUGGGCUUUUGGAAAACCCCAAGACGCACGUGACGGUGCCCAUAGCCAAGAGCAUAGUCAAGCAGCUCUUGGCCGGCGUGGCGUAUGUGCACGGCCAGAAGUACUUGCAUCGAGACAUCAAGGCGGCGAACAUUCUCAUUGCGCCCGACGGCGUGGUGAAAAUCGCCGAUUUCGGCUUGGCCCGGCCCUAUCAUGGACAAACGCCAGUGAAAAACGGCCCCCCGGGCGGAGGCGAAAGAGCAUACACCGCUUUGGUGGUGACGCGGUGGUACCGGCCGCCCGAGCUUCUUUUGGGCGAGCGCCGAUAUACGACCGCAGUGGAUAUGUGGGGGGUGGGAUGUGUUUUCGCAGAGCUUUUCACGGGGAAGCCCAUUUUGGUGGGCAAAAGCGACUCCCACCAGGCGCAGAUCAUAUUCGACUUGGUGGGCCCGCCGCUGCGAGAGAUAUGGCCGGGCGCAGCGCAACUCCCAAACAAGCUGGAUUUGAACAUCGGCCUCACCUGCCGCAGAACGCUUGAGGCUCGGUUUGGCCCGCUUUUGGGCGACCUCGGCACAGAUCUCUUGGCGCAUAUGCUCACCUUGGACCCGGCCAAACGAUGGAACGCCGUCGAUGCGCUUGAACACGAAUAUUUCGAGGCUGAGCCUCGGGCGUUAUUGCCGCACGAGCUUCCGCGGUUCGAAGAGAGCCAUGAGAUUGACAAGGAGAGAUUCAAGCGGCGGGAGCCGGAGUCUCGCAUGGAGGAGGCCCCAGAAUACAAGGGACAGAAAACAGACAUGAAGGGACACAAGACCGAAACGAAGGGACAGAUACCUGACACAGUAAAGGGACCAGGACAGCUGGUGCCAAAAGGGCCUGGACGCCCUGAAACAAAACGGCCACGGCUCAAUUAUUAG